CACAUGUGCAGUGGCGGAGUGGCGCUCGCGAAAAGGUCUGACGGCGCGGCGCUCUGGCUUCCGGAAGUGCCUGCUGCGACAACAUGCUCGAGGAGCUGGGUUUUAUCCCUACCAUCAACGAAAACGAUGAAGUACCCGCGGAGUCCGAGUCUGAUUCGGGAGACGAGGAAGAGGAGGGGCCCAUUAUACUGGGCAGAAAGCAAAAAGCCUUGCAGAAGAACCGCAGUGCCGAUUUCAACCCUGACUUCAUUUUCACUGAGAAGGAGGGAAUGUAUGAUGGCAGUUGGGCUAUGGCUGAUGUCAUGAGCCAGCUCAAGAAGAAGAGGGCAGCUACUACAUUAGAUGAGAAGAUUGAGAAAGUUCGAAAGAAAAGGAAAACGGAGGACAAAGAAGCCAAGUCUGGGAAAUCAGAGAAGGAGAAAGAGAAACAAGAGGAACAGGAAGACAUUGAAAGGAAAGAUGAAGAUGGCUCAGACAGUGAAGACUCAGAAACUGAUUACUCUUCAGCUGAUGAGAACAUCCUUACCAAAGCAGAUACACUUAAAGUAAAGGAGCGGAAGACGAAGAAGAAAGGACAGGAAAAAAGUGGAUUUUUUGAAGAUGCAUCUCAAUAUGAUGAAAACCUCUCAUUCCAGGACAUGAAUCUUUCCCGCCCUCUUCUGAAGGCCAUUACAGCCAUGGGCUUCAAGCAGCCCACCCCAAUCCAGAAAGCCUGCAUACCUGUGGGUCUGCUGGGGAAGGACAUCUGUGCUUGUGCAGCCACUGGAACAGGUAAAACUGCAGCUUUUGCUUUGCCUGUCUUGGAGCGUCUGAUCUACAAACCCCGACAGGCUCCAGUAACCCGGGUGCUGGUGCUGGUUCCUACUCGAGAACUGGGCAUCCAAGUGCACUCUGUCACCAAGCAGCUGGCCCAGUUCUGCAACAUCACCACCUGCCUGGCUGUGGGUGGUCUGGAUGUGAAGUCACAGGAAGCAGCUCUUCGGGCAGCACCUGACAUCCUCAUUGCUACUCCAGGCCGACUCAUUGAUCACCUGCACAACUGCCCUUCCUUCCACCUGAGCAGCAUUGAGGUGCUCAUCCUGGAUGAAGCUGACAGGAUGCUGGACGAGUAUUUUGAGGAACAGAUGAAGGAGAUCAUUCGAAUGUGUUCCCACCAUCGCCAGACCAUGCUCUUCUCAGCCACAAUGACAGAUGAGGUGAAAGAUCUAGCAUCUGUCUCUUUGAAGAAUCCUGUACGGAUAUUUGUGAACAGCAACACAGAUGUAGCCCCCUUCCUGCGGCAAGAGUUCGUCCGAAUUCGACCUAAUCGGGAAGGGGACCGGGAAGCCAUUGUAGCAGCUCUGCUAACAAGAACCUUUACGGACCAUGUCAUGCUGUUCACCCAGACCAAGAAGCAGGCCCACCGCAUGCACAUCCUCUUGGGGCUCAUGGGACUCCAGGUGGGUGAGCUCCAUGGCAACCUGUCACAGACACAGCGACUAGAAGCCCUCAGACGUUUUAAGGAUGAACAGAUUGAUGUCCUGGUGGCCACAGAUGUGGCAGCUCGAGGACUUGACAUCGAAGGGGUUAAAACGGUUAUCAACUUCACAAUGCCUAACACCGUUAAGCAUUAUGUUCAUCGGGUGGGGAGAACCGCUCGUGCUGGCAGGGCUGGGCGCUCAGUGUCUCUGGUGGGAGAGGAGGAACGGAAGAUGCUGAAGGAGAUUGUGAAGGCUGCUAAAGCGCCUGUGAAGGCCCGGAUACUUCCUCAAGAUGUCAUCCUCAAAUUCCGAGACAAGAUUGAGAAAAUGGAGAAAGAUGUGUAUGCAGUUCUGCAGCUGGAGGCUGAGGAAAAAGAGAUGCAACAUUCAGAAGCCCAGAUCAACACAGCCAAGAAACUCCUAGAAAAGGGGACGGAGACAACGAACCAUGAGCCAGAGAGGAGUUGGUUCCAGACCAAAGAAGAGAGGAAGAAGGAAAAAAUUGCCAAGGCUUUGCAGGAGUUUGACUUGGCUUUAAGAGGAAAGAAGAAACGGAAGAAGUUUAUGAAGGAUGCCAAGAAGAAGGGGGAGAUGACAGCAGAGGAAAGGUCCCAGUUUGAAAUUCUCAAGGCACAGAUGUUUGCUGAGCGUCUGGCCAAGAGGAAUCGCAGAGCCAAGCGGGCCCGUGCAAUGCCUGAGGAGGAUCCAGCAAAAGGCCCUGCCAAGAAGCAGAAGACACUGAAGAAGUCUGUAUUUGAUGAAGAACUCACCAACACAAGCAAGAAGGCUUUGAAACAGUAUCGAGCAGGCCCAUCUUUUGAAGAAAGGAAGAAGAUGGGCUUGCCUCACCAGAGAAGAGGUGGAAACUUUAAAUCUAAAGCCAGGUAUAAGAGAAGGAAGUAGUUUUGGUGGCAUGAAGAAGUUCAUGGGACAGUCCUGAGAUCCAUUCCCUGUGGGAAGUCAUCUUUGCUUGGUCUGUUUUGUAAAAAAUACUCUUUCAAACCUUAAGAAUUGUGUCAUUUGUACUUAUUAAGAAAAAUGUUGGGUGAAAUGGUA